AUGGAAAACAUUAAGGUUAAUCCUAAGCUUCAGGCAUUAAUGGAGCAAGAGCUUGGUCUUACUGAAACAGUAGAUAUUCAUGGGUCUGGGGGAACGCCCGAUACCGCAGAGUUAAACAAGCUUUUCGGCGAUUCUAAAGUUGAAAUCAAUAUUGGGUAUAAUAAUAUGGAUAAUGCAGCCAUGGAGUUACCUACACCCGAACUUACAGCACAGCACCAUCAAGUUCCUUCUUCGCUGAAGGCGCCACAGGAUGAUAAAUAUCUUCAGAGCGACUCUUUCCACUAUACAUCUUCUUUUCAGGCAAGACCUUAUUCAGAUUACUUUGACUUUGACAGUAAAGAUAAACAGCCCCAACAAAGGGUUAACAACAACGGGCUUUCGAAUAAUAAUCAAAUUAGUCGAUAUUCAAAGUUUAAAGAACUUAAAGAUCCAUACAAGGAAGUUAUGACUGAUGGAACUGGCUGUGGGUCAGAUUCAGAGUCAGAUGUUGAUGAAGUCUCCAAUGGUAUCCAGGAAAUACUAGACCAAAUAUUAGAUUUUAAGAAUGAGUUUAGGGAACUGAUAACUAAAAUUGAUGAGGCAUCUACUGCUUCUGCAAGAUCAAGGUAUCUGCAGGCUGCAUCAGAGCAUUUGAACAAUACAGAGGAAAUAGAUUUGGGAACAAACGCCGUUAUGUCCGAAGUUGUGGAUACUGUCAUUCAGUCUUUGCAUGAUUUAUUACCAAAAAAAUCCCAUCGAAAGCGAGAUUCAGUCUCGAUAUCCUUUAAAGACCCCUGGCCUCUGAAGAAACCCAAAACUGAAAGAAGUGUCUCCAUGGAUGAUGUGAAGAACGCUACCAGUUCAUCGAUUUUGAACCGCGUUUUGCCUCACUCUUCUACUGAAAUAAGAGAAGAUCCAUGUAGUAAAAUGCCUAAUUUUGGCGUUGUACUAAUCAAAUCACCUUCUUUGAUAUCGCAGCUUUGGGAUGAAUAUACGAAAUUGCCUAAUGAAUGGGCUUUGAAAGACCAUUUAUCCUUUACUUUACAAUUACGAGAUAACGGUGCAUUGGAUCUAGACCUAAUAGGUCAGCGGAAAACGACCAUCAGAGAGUUAGAAAGGAAAUACGGAUCAUCUUGGCGUAAUACGGAUAAGAACUUUUCUCGUCAGAUAAACAGAAGAAAGAAGAUUUGGCGAUCAAUCGAAGAAGGAUUAGAAGAUGGACUUGAGCUAAAUCAAUGUUUUGAAAUCUUAGAGUCUCAUAUCAAAAAACGAGGCAAGGGUCUCAGCUGGUAUUACAAUGGUGUUCCGUUCAGGUUAAGAGAUAUGCUAUUGUCAAAGGAAUUAUCGUCUGGCUCUAAUCCCAGGACCGCCAGAUUGAAAAAAACGGGCUAG